AUGAAGACUUUACUUCAAGAUUCAAAAGGAAAAGGUGAACUCACACGUGCCAUGCCCAGAGGGGGUGAUGGAAGAAAAGAAAAAAAGUUAGGGAAAGCGACGUUGUUGGCUGGGGGGAAGACCCUCGUGGUGAUCGCAUGGGUGGAGAUUUGGAUGAUGCUCAUCAUGCCUGUUCCUACUUCUGACAUUUUUACCUCAGCCGUUGAUGUAGGAACUGAUUCACUCCUCGCCCAAAUCUUCAGCCUUGUUAGGAAAACUUUAGAAAAGCAAAACCAGUCUCGUCACCCAAAAAAAUGUGACAUGAACGACGAUGUGAUGUAUAUAGUUAUCCGGUCAAUGGAAUUGUUUGUGUUGUGGAGCGGGACUUAUCCAGUGGUGCAAAGCAAAGAUGACGUGAAAGUUAUCCAAAAAGAUGAGAGUGUGAAGCAGGGUUGUAUUAUUUUGGGGGCAAAUGUCAUGAUUGAGAUAACUGGCCUUGCUGACAUAAAGUCAUCAUUGAACUUACACACCACUCCCACCCAUUCUCUCUCCUUUCUAUAUAAUCUCAACCCACACGGCCCCCCUUACCACUCCAACACUCCCUGCUUUUCAUCCCCUUCUUACUCUAUCUCUCUCUCUCCUCCUUAUUCCCGACCUCAAACUCAAUCCCUCGUUACCCAACUUCUUCACACGCUAAUUUUUAUAAAGCUAGAGAUGAUGGUCCAAAAGGAAGAUCUGGGUUUGAGUUUAAGCCUCAACUUCCGUCACAACAUCCCACAUCCUCAACAUCUCACUCUCAUGUCUUCCUCUACUCAUUCAUCUUCCCCUUCUGCUUCCAAUCCUCUUAAACCCUCUUGGAACGAGGCUUUCGCUUCUUCGGAUCGAAACUCGGACACAUGCAGAGGCGAAACCCGAUCUUUCCUGCGUGGAAUCGACGUGAAUCGGUCACCUUCGGCCGUGGACAUGGAAGAGGAAGCGGGAGUUUCUUCUCCGAACAGCACCGUUUCGAGCGUGAGCGGGAAACGAAGCGAGCGAGAACCCAACGGAGAAGAACACGACAUGAACAGAGCCUGUUCACGCGGAAUCAGCGACGAAGAAGACGGUGAAACAUCAAGGAAAAAACUCAGACUCUCCAAAGACCAAUCAGCUAUUCUCGAAGAAAGCUUCAAAGAACACAAUACCCUCAACCCCAAGCAAAAGUUGACACUGGCAAAACAGCUAGGCCUUCUACCAAGACAAGUUGAGGUCUGGUUCCAGAACCGAAGGGCAAGGACUAAGCUGAAGCAAACCGAGGUGGACUGCGAGGUGUUGAAAAGGUGCUGCGAGAAUCUGACGGAGGAAAAUAGAAGGUUGCAGAAGGAAGUUCAGGAGCUUAGAGCACUCAAACUUUCCCCUCAGUUUUACAUGCAAAUGACCCCACCCACCACACUCACUAUGUGCCCUUCUUGCGAGCGCGUGGCUGUUCCCUCCUCCGCCGUUGAUGGCGCCACGCGUCACCAUCCCAUGGCACAGGCCCAAGCCCACAAUCGGGCCAUACCCAUUGGGCCGUGGGGUUCUGCAGGUCCCGUUCCACACCGGGCUUUCGAUGGUUUCCACCACUGA